CCUCCAUUCCAAUUAGACUCUAUUGUUCCAUUUUCUCUCUCUCUUUCUCUGCACCUUCUUCUUCUCCUUCACUUCCUCUGGAUUUUGGUUCCGUCGUUUCGGUUAUCUUGCAUCGUAAUCGAGGGGAAAACUGUGUCGUUUCAGCAAUGGACGUGAAAGCUGCACGUGGGUUACAACUUUCAGCGGUUGUUCAGCAUGAAAAGAUUGGGAGAAGACCCAGAGCUGGUCGUUUGGGUAUGUCUCCAGAACCGCAGAGGAUUCGGCUUUUUGUUUCCACCAGGUUGUCUUCAACCGUGACACGCCGCAGAACAACCUCUCUGGAGGUUUCUUCUUCUUACGACAACGUUUCAGCUUCAAUAUUGGAAUCUGGACAUGUUCGUUCUCCUCUUGACGAAGAAUUGAUUCUAAAGAACAGAUCGCAAGAGAUCCAACCAUAUUUAAAUGGACGCUGUAUAUAUCUUGUUGGAAUGAUGGGCUCUGGGAAAACCACUGUGGGAAAGAUAAUGUCGCAAGUACUUGGUUAUUCAUUUUGUGACAGCGAUACACUGGUGGAGGAGGAGGUUGGAGGAAACUCUGUAGCUGAUAUUUUCAAGCACCAUGGUGAGCCUUUCUUUCGUAAUAAGGAGACUGAGGUAUUGCGGAAGCUUUCCCUGAUGCGUCAACUUGUUAUUUCUACUGGUGGAGGUGCUGUUAUAAGGCCCAUUAAUUGGAAAUAUAUGCACAAGGGGGUUAGUGUUUGGUUGGACGUACCAGUGGAAGCCUUGGCACGGAGAAUUGCCGCUGUAGGAACUAAUUCUCGCCCCCUUCUACACUAUGAAGCAGGGGAUCCUUAUUCACGGGCCUUUAUGCGAUUGUCUGCUAUUUUUGAAGAGAGAGGCGAAUCUUACGCCAACGCCAAUGCCAGGGUCUCGUUAAAAAGUAUAGCAAUAAAACUCGGAAAAAGAGAUGUGUCGGAAUUGUCUCCAACUGAUAUUGCAAUUGAGGCACUGGAUCAAAUUGACAACUUUUUGAAGGGUGAAGGUGACAGUUAUGCAGAAUGCUAAUGCCAGCUUUGCUCACAAACUUCAUUCGAUUGUUCAUAUUUUUGUUCUAUGCAAUUUACGAUUGCAAUUAAGGUCAAGUCGUUGACCUUAAUCUACAUGUUGUGCAGUAUCUCUUUGGUAAAAAAAGAAGUAAUACAUCAUGGCACUUGUUUAAGCGUAAUUUGUGUCAGCAAGUUAGCAUGAUAUGAUUGUCAAUAGCAACGGUAUUUAAUUUAUGUUUCCUUUAUUGUUGAUGUAUAUGUAUAUAUUUACUGGAAAACAAAGUACUGUAAUGCGAGUUGAGUUGAUCAAUAUAUGUAUGUCCUCCUCGAACGAGGUUUUUGUA